AGCUGUUUUAGGCUCCAGGGCAUCAUUGGGGAAUCCUGCCAAAAGACUCCAGGCAAACCAUGGAUGUGGCAAUGCCGAUUCUGCCAUUGGCCAAGCGUGAGGAGGCCGGAAAGGUGCGAGCCCAGACGCCGGACACGCGAUCGCCCUCUUGCGUGUCUUCGGGCGAUGGGCGGGACACUGAUGACGCCAGCACUCCGCGGAACUUGUGGCCAGCCACGCCUACACCGACUCCAAGGUAUGGCGAGCCUGUCAGCUUCAUGAUGUUGCCAGUGGAGAUGACCCAAGAGCUGCCGCAAGAGAUGACACCUUUUACGGCAGCGGCUGAGGUGGAGCCAGCAAGGAGGCGCACAAAGAUGAAUGCCAAUGCCCAGGCCUUCAUCCCUUCUUCCUUAACGCCUGUCGAGAACAGGUUUAUGCAGCCGGAGGCUGAGAUCGCCAUGUCCGAAAGCUCCAUCGAAGUCUCCUCAGGCGACUCGGUGGCGCAGGAGGUGCCCAACGUGGGAUCGACCAUGCAUGGUGCUGGCAACUGCAAGCCCUGUGCCUGGUUCUGGAAGUCGAGAGGUUGUACCAAUGGACAAAUCUGCGACUACUGCCAUUUGUGCCCACCAGGAGCACUGAAGGAGCGGAAGAAGGCCAAGGUCGCAGCAAUCCGAUCAGGUGCCAUUGCCCCGAAGUCCAGCCGUGACCGCGUCCACACCGUGUAGACAACACAGCGGAGCUGACAGCGGACUGAAAUUAAUCGAG